AUGCGGUUAGGCUCGCGCUCGCCUAAUUUGCUAGCGUCCCACACACAACACCUCACAGAAGAGAUCAUCUUUCCUUCAAUCUUUCCAGAGCGACAUCGACGACAACCGACGACCUGCCACGCCGACAAGAUGGGUGCCCUCAAGUACGUGGAAGAGAUCCAAAAGAAGAAGCAGUCCGACGUGAUUCGCUUCCUGCUGCGUGUCCGUUGCUGGGAGCUCCGUCAACUGAACGCUAUCCACCGUGCUUCCCGUCCUUCUCGCCCCGACAAGGCUCGUCGUCUCGGCUACAAGGCCAAGCAGGGUUAUGUUGUCUACCGUGUCCGUGUGAGACGUGGUGGCCGUAAGAGGCCUGUGCCCAAGGGUGCCACCUACGGCAAGCCCACCAACAUGGGUGUUAACCAGCUCAAGUACCAGCGUGCUCUGCGUGCCACCGCUGAGGAGCGUGUCGGCCGCCGCUGCGCCAACUUGCGUGUCCUGAACUCCUACUGGAUCAACCAGGACUCCACCUACAAGUACUUCGAGGUCAUCCUCGUUGACCCCCAGCACAAGGCUAUCCGCCGCGAUCCCCGCAUCAACUGGAUCUGCAACGCUGUCCACAAGCACCGCGAGAGCCGUGGUCUCACUGCCACCGGCAAGAAGUCCCGUGGUAUCAACAAGGGCCACCGCUACAACAACACCCGUGCUGGCCGUCGCCACACCUGGAAGAUCCACAACACCCAGAGCUACUGGAGAUACCGUUAG